CGGGGCGACUCGGGAACCGGUCCAACCUGGCCUUGCGGAGCCUGCAGAAAGGGAGUAAGCCAGAGCCAGGACUUUUUUCGCAUUUGUAAUUUUCAAGCAAGCUCAUCUGCCCUGCCCACAUUUGCAGAAUAACACCAAAAGAUGCCUUUCUACCUCCGGAAGCAGCCCCUGGAGAUCCCUCUCCCCACCGAAAAGGAGUGGAUUAAAAAAGAUGAAGGGGAGGCUUUCUUCCUGAACGAUCCCGACCAAAUAAUCGAUUAUUUGCCCCAGCCUUUCCGGAUGAUCAACAAGCUGGUGACUGUCUUGUUUGAACAGGCCUGGGAUAUUAUUGAGAAUCGAGAGCAGCGCCAUGUGUCGAAAAAACGACACCCUCCACCUGUAUCAUGCCAACCAUUGGCCGAAUUCCAGGUGGUAGGGAAAGCAAAUUGCCUGGCAGCCUCGGGAGAAUACAUCUUCAUCGGGCUCUCUACAGGACUUUCUGUUUUCAGCAUUGACACCUGCGAGAGGGUCUGUGCUUGGGAUGCAGCCAAGCUUGAAAUGUGUACCCUCCGUAUCUCAGAUCUGGGUAAUAACUCUGAAGUCCUUGGAACUGUGGAUGAGAUGGGUUUUGCCCAUCUCUUUUAUUUUUCCAGGGAGAUUCUCCUGCAUGUAAAAGCCAUAAAUGAAGUGGAAGACGUCAGCAAGCGAAACACAUGCGUCGCGCUGGAACUGUCUCCCAGGGGCGAUUAUGCCGGUUUCCUACUCCAAGGCAACUCGGAGGCUUGGCUCGAGGUCUACCGGUUGCCAAAGGAUUCUUGGCAGAAGGAGAUAGAACAUGUACAAACGGUUUCCCUUGCCCCUCCGGUUCUCAGUUCGACUCCAGCGUCUGCCAAGGACAGGAAAUUCAGCGUAGCUUCCACGCCAAAGAAUGUGGAUUUCCGGGGCUUGGACACCCCAGGAGAAGUCACAGAAGAACAGGAUUUGCAACAGCUUCUCAACCAAUGUAAGCUGAGUCCCCCUGCUCUGCUGAUGAAGAUCAGAUCUCCCAAGCCUGUGGCAGGCAGUCCGUUUAAGAAUCCUUACGAAGCUUUAAUGAAGUGCGAUGAUGGCACCACGGUUGGCUUGGGGCAGAACCACCUGAUCAGGGACUGCCAGUGGGAACGGCUGGAUUCCCUUUUUAACAGCACUUUCCGACAAUUUCUGGACUUAAAGGAUGAGCUCGAGAUCAAGGAGGAGAAACUCAGCCAAGGCAUGUUCCAUUUCCACGGUCCUGGCCGCACCUUGCCCAUUGGAACGGAAAACAGAACCGAGCCAGACGCUCCCGUGGCACUCAGCGUUCACUGGAGCACAAGCCACCACCUAUGCUUCUACCUGCUGAGUCGUCCUCCGAAGGAGAAAACAGACUCUGAUCCAAAACCGGACAUUGUUUGGCCCUGUGCUGCUCCAGUUGUGCUGUCUGCGGUCACCCCUUGCUUUUCCCAUCUGGCGCUUGUUUGUGAAGAUGGAGCCAUUACUGUUUGGGACAAAUCUCUAGGGUUUGCCUUGUUUGUGACCGUGCUCCCAGAAGGGUACGUCGUCCGCAGUAUUCAGUUCAUGCCACUUUCCAGCAAGACAGUUUCUCACAGCAAGGACUCCGCCACUAGAAAAGUUCAGCUUCUCGUGUUGUGUACCGACGGCUCUCUUCACCUGCUGACCUCGGAGACCAAGGAAUUCAGCACCAAGGUUCUGGUAUACAAGCCGGAGCAUCCAAGCCAAGCCAUCAGUGCCAUGGCAACCGUACCAUCUUUAACCAAUGCAGUGCUGACUUGCUCCUGGGAUGGCACGGUCAGUCUGAUAGACACAGCGACGGAAGCGACUGUGUGCCACUUCAUCACGCCUCCUCCUUACAGAGUCCACUUGGCACCCUCCAUCAAUGCAGCAGAGAUUUCACGCAGCCUCUGGUGGGGUGUUCAAAGCAAGCAGAUGUUUCUGAUUGUCCUCUGCAGCACAACUCCUGGAUAUGAGCCAUCUGGAAGCAUUAAAGCAGAGAGCGGAAGUGACCAAAACACCAUCUUUCUGUUUGAUGUCACACCCUGCCCAGAGACUUUCUCGCAGCCAGACGAGUGCCCACCUGACACUCUGGAACACCUGCCUUGGGACAGGCGAUGUGAUGUUUUCCUAAAGAACAGCUAUCAGCAGCUAUCAACCAUUAGCCAGCAGAUACCAGAGAGUUGGAGCCUGCUGAAGAUGUAUGCAGCAACCUUGCAAGGGAUGGGCCACGAAAAGUGAUGGGGCCGUGGCAGAAGUGUCGAUGUACCUUCUCGGGCUGAGGCAUCACUCGCUGGGAUCCAGAGUGUGUUUUUGUGAGUCCUGGCAGUCACGGAGAGCCUGGUUGCUGUUUUGCUGGCAAACUGUUACAAUCGCCUGCUGUCCACCAGAGAGCAGCCAAGGGCCGUAGCCAACGCUGGCAGCUCCCGCGGAAGACCGCAGUCCUUUCUCCGAAGCGUCUGGAGUCAGAAGCACAAUAAACCACCAGCGACUUUCUCUUUUCUGUUGAACUGGGCGUGCUCCUAAUAAAUCUCCCGGAGGUUUCAUGAGCCAUCA